AAUUCAGACCCAGGAGUCACAGCACUGAGGUCCUUCUCUCCCAAGCCCGAGCAGUUCCAGAUCCCAGCUCCUCCUCCUUCAAGAUUUCUCUUUCAGCCCCUCAGUUCCUUCUCACUCAAACACAGAGUUCCAGUUCCCUGGUGCUCUGCAGGCUCCAGAGGGGGAGGAGGCGGAGCAGGAGGCGGGGAUUCCCAGUUAAAAGCCUCCAGAAUCUAGUACUCGGCAGACGGAGCUGAAGUACCGGGGCCUCUUCCUCUGGGUCUGAAUCAGUCGGUGACCCCGCCCCUUGGAUUCUGGAAGGUCUCAGCCCUGCCUUCUCGCUCUCCCAGACCCCACCAUGGGACAUCCCCCAGCCGCUGCAGUCUGGAUCUGGACGUUUUUGCUAUUGGUGCUGGAAGCCUGGACAGGACACUUGAGGGCACAGGAGUCCAAGGUGCUGGGUGGCCAGGAGUGUGAGGCCCAUUCACAGCCUUGGCAGACAGCCUUGUUCCAGGGUGUUCGGCUGCUCUGCGGGGGCGUCCUCAUCGAUGACAACUGGGUCCUCACAGCAGCCCACUGUAAAAAACAGAAGUACACGGUACGCCUGGGGGAACACAGCCUGAAGAAAAAGGACAGUUCCGAGCAAGAAAUGGCUGUGGCUCAGUCCAUCCCACACCCCUGCUACAACAGCAGCAGCGAGGACCACAGCCAUGAUCUCAUGCUCAUCCGACUACGUGGCCAGGCAUCCCUGGGGCCCCAAGUGAAGCCCAUCAACCUGGCGGAUCACUGCCCUCAAGUUGGCCAGAAGUGCACCAUCUCGGGCUGGGGCACCGUCACCAGCCCCCGAGAGAAUUUUCCUGACACCCUCAACUGCGCAGAAGUAGAAAUCUUUCCCCUGAAGAAGUGUAAAGAUGUCUACCCUGGGGAAGUCACAGAUGGUAUGAUUUGUGCAGGAGACAGCAAUGGGGCCGACUCAUGCCAGGGAGAUUCCGGGGGCCCGCUGGUGUGUGAUGGUGUUCUCCAAGGCAUCACGUCCUGGGGAUCAGACCCCUGUGGGCGGCCCGAGAGACCUGGUAUCUACACCAACAUUUGCCGCUACUUGGACUGGAUCAAGAAGACCAUAGGCAGCAGGGGUUGAUGCUAGGACAAGCUCUGGACCCGCUUCAAUAAACUCACAACUCAGCCUUGC